GCUGGACAAACAGGUUUCUCUCCAAUCGUCCGUCUGCUGCAGUCUCCCCUUACAUAGCAGCAGGGGACAUGCGUUCACUCCCACUAACAGAACCGGGAGCCCACGGUGUUUGUAAGACGCAUCAGCUGUUGAUGGAUUAAAAGCAUCCGCGGAGCUCCGGUGGGUUUCCGAGCGCACGCGCAGAUAUUUCGGCGUGGACGUGGAGUUUCUGGAGCGCGCAGAUAUGUGGAUCUACCUGUGACCCACAAAGAGAUGCGCUGUCAGUCGGCCGAUACUGGCCGCCAUGUGGAGGCUACCGACAGGGCAACAAAAUCCAGAUAAAUUAGAUUACUGGAUUGACCGCAACAGAUUAUAGUUCUCCUACUUCCCCGAUGCUUGACGAGAAAACAAUCUGAAAAAUUAGACGGAAAUUGAGGGAAUACAGGGAAAGACUGGCAGCCAUGCUGACCAGCUUUCUGGAAGGUCUGCUCUGCUGCUUCACCUCAAAGUCGACCAAUAUUGUGGUUCCUGUAGAAACUUCAGAACCUGCUGAUGGCUACGAGUUUGUGGAGGUAAAACCGGGCCGCAUCCUGCGAGUUCGGCACAUUACCCCCGACAGGCCGGUGGUGGAGGAGCCCACCGGGCUUGGUGGGAGUGUGAGCUGCAAACGAAAAAUCACAGUUUACCGUAAUGGACAGCUGUUCAUUGAGAACUUGGGUGACAGGGCGAGCGCAGAGCUGAAAAGCUGCCAGAAUGGAGAGACAGAACCCAACAGCACCGUGGAGGUGGAACUGACGGACUGUGGUAAGUUGUCGCCGCCCGUCAGCAUUCCUGAGGCGAGAUCAGACUCUGUCACGGCUGGAAACAACGGCGCAUCUGAGACAGCAGCAGCAGCAGGUGAGGCACCUGCUGCUGGACAGACUGACCAAUCUCAGCAACCCAGGAAGCGCAGGCGGAAGCCAAAGCGCACUGUGGUGAUCGACUGUGAAAGGAAGAUAUCAGCCUGUAAAGGGACACAUCCAGAUGUGGCGUUGUUCUUCAUUCACGGAGUCGGAGGGUCGCUGGAUAUCUGGGGAGGCCAGCUGGACUUCUUUUCUCGGCUGGGCUACGAAGUGAUUGCCCCGGACCUGGCAGGACACGGAGCCAGCUCAGCACCGCAGAUCCCUGCAGCGUACACUUUCUAUGCGCUGGCUGAGGAUAUGAGAAUCAUCUUCAAGAGAUAUGCUCGGAAGAGGAAUAUCCUCAUAGGACACUCUUACGGUGUGUCGUUCUGCACGUUCCUGGCUCAUGAAUAUCCAGAACAAAUUCACAAGAUGGUGAUGAUCAACGGUGGCGGUCCCACAGCUCUGGAGCCCAGCCUCUGCUCCAUCUUCAACCUGCCCACCUGUGUGCUUCACUGCCUCUCCCCGCUGCUCGCCUGGUGCUUCCUCAAGGCGGGGUUUGCUCGGCAGGGCGCCAGGGAGAAGCAGUUGCUGAAAGAGAACAAUGCCUUCAAUGUGUCGUCUUUUGUGUUGCGUGCCAUGAUGAGCGGGCAGUACUGGCCUGAGGGGGACGAGGUCUACCACGCUGAGCUGACAGUGCCCGUCCUGCUGGUGCAUGGCAUGCAUGACAAAUUUGUCCCUGUUGAAGAGGACCAACGAAUGGCAGAGAUACUUCUAAUGGCGUUCCUGAAGGUCUUGGAGGACGGCAGUCACAUGGUCAUGAUGGAGUGUCCGGAUCCUGUUAAUACGCUCCUGCAUGAGUUCUUCCUCUGGGAACCGCCGACCCUCCCAGCGCCAAAGAAAGAGUCCAAAACCCGUCCAGAGACCGCUAAAGCUCGAACUGAUAACGCUCAGGCGAUAGCUGAGCCCAGCAAGGCCCGGCCUGCGACUGCUAAACAAGCCCAAUGAAGCGGCAGCAGGUUCAGAUCAGUGCUGAAACACUGGUUGUUACGGUGACUCGAGCCAGUCGGUGCAUCCCGAGCAGCCGAGCUGGUGCGAGAUGUUGAACCUGAUGAUGAGCCAGAUUAUCUGAACUGGUCCUGCUGGAGGCGGGACACUCUGCAGACGUCACUGAUUCCAAAUAAACUCCCGCCAUCUAACACAGCAGCGAGGACGCGUCUGUGCCUUUAAGUGUUGCAUAGUGACGGUACCUGGAUCAGAGAAGCACAAAUGGAAACAGCCAUGAAGGCAACGAUGAAAACAGCUGCCACGUGGGAAAGAUGGUAACCCGGGACAAGAACAUGUGGCUCCUGGUUGAGCACAAUCUGUAAAUUAACAGCUGAGACUCAACCUUAUGAAAUGUAGCUGGAUAGUCAGUUAGCCUUUUUUAUUCCUCAUAAGUAUUGCAAACCUUACCUGUUGUAAAGGUAAGCAUGUGAAAAUAACACAAUGCCAUACGCAAAAUAACAAAUUGGGAAGAUGUUCUUUGAUAAAAAAGCUCGUCCACUGGCCU